AUGGCUUCCUUGCGCCGAGUAGCCUACGUCGCCUUCUUGGCAUCCCUAGUCAGUGGCAAUGUUGACGCAGAGGAAUCCUUUACCAUUGGCGAAAAGGCGCCAUUCGGCCUUCCAGAUAGCUCGUUCAGACCUUCUUCGCAAGCCAAUGCCACUGGUUCUUUCAGUGUUCCAGCACUCAACACUUCUAAUCCAAAACAGCCCUUGUCAUUCGAAGGGAAAUUCUGGGCCGUCGAAAUCUCACUUCAAGCUGAUAUCCCGCUUAAUGGAUCUAGUGAUAAAAACCUCAGCGCCGCUGAAAAAAAGCAGUUUACCCAGUUGGUCUCUAUGGGUUUCAGCAACAUUGACAAAAAAGAGGCUGCCAAUCUUACGAGCGACUCGACAAUGUGCGGCCACGUCAUGUUUGGUCUCAGAUCUAACGCGACAGCGGACAACCAGGAUGAUGCUGGCAAAGGCGGAAACUGCGACUUCUUAUCCCAACAGUGCCAGAAAGAUUUGCGAGAUUCGGUCAAGAACGGCUCAAGUGAUUGUAAUUCGAUUAUUGUGCCAAACUCUUGCGAAGAGUGGCUUGAUCCAUCGUCGUCUGGGGACGGAGCCUCUCAGAUGGAUUCGACCUCGUUCGAAUUUACCAAGGAAUUGCUUACGGGCGGCCGAUUUUUCACAAUGGGCUUGGAACCGACAUCGAGCGAUAACGAAACAGAAUAUGAUGCGGCGAUUAGAAAUAUUUGGCCUGUACUCUUCACGUGGAGCCAUGUAUCCGACACGAUAAAUGUCACCGGCGCAGCGUUGCGGUGCUUGCGCCCCAACAAUGUCACCAGUGGCAGCCGAGAUCCCGACGCAUCAAAUAAAACAGGCAAUGACAGUGGAAAUGGCGAUCACCCGGGUAUCGCCGGUACUUAUUCUGUACCGAAUCUCGGGGCAACACUGCUUUUGGCGGUUUCCGCCUCUUAUUUUAUGUUUUUAUAA